UUCACACGCGCAGGGGGGUUGCGACCCCCUUUGAUUCUCGCCUCAAUUGAAUUCCGGGUCAAUUCCUGCUCUGUCCAGGUGAUGUUCUCGAAAACAGUAUUGUCGUCGUGCAAACGCGCACCCAAAGCAUGCCUCCUUCGCAGACUCGCGACCGAAGCCUCUGCAGCGCCUGAAGUCGCGCAAGUAGAUACUGUACUGUCAAAGAGGACUGCACGGCCCAACCUACACACCGGGAUUAUCCUGAACCGAUCACCCAUAAUAACCCGAACACCAACGGCCUUCGAGAAAGCCUACUACGCCUACCAAGCUCGCAUCCACCGCGCACUGCACAAUCCCUUUCCUUACGACUUUUAUUUUAAACAGGGUUCACCUCUAGAAUCGCGAUUCAACAUAGAAGAGCGAAGACGCGAGCGCAAGGCAUUUGGUGCACCUUUUGGUAUGCAGACUGGGGAGACGAGCGAAGCUGAAAAGCUUGCCGAGGCUACUAUGCGUGACGAAGAAGAAGCCAUGCCGCGUGUUCAUGAAGCAGAUAUUAACUCGGACUUCAAAAACCUGAAUAGACGCGGUCAGCGAAACCUAUAUCUAUUGCUACAAAAGCAAGAGAAUGGGAUGGCCGUAUGGAAGUUCCCUCAGGGAAGCGUGGACAGGGGAGAGCUUUUGCACCAUGCGGCGACCCGUGGACUUGAAGUCGAGUGUGGAAACAAUAUGGACACUUGGAUAGUCGGUCGCAAUCCAAUAGGUGUCUUCCACCCUCCAUCACCAGCCAAUACGGGUAGCGCUGAAGAGAAUGUGGUCUUCUUCUAUAAAGCACAUGUUAUGGCUGGUCAAGUCCGCCCAAACCGAACGCAUACACAAGACUUUGCUUGGUUAACCAAGGGUGAGAUCAAGACUCGGGUGGAUGAGGACUACUGGUUGGGCAUCAAAGAUAUGCUAUCGGAUUUCUAGUAUAUAUACUCUAUAUUCUUCUACUCAUCGAUAUAUCAUCUGGUAUUGCACCUACUUGGGGGCAGAGAUAGCCCGACGCAUCUCUGGCCGUUUUUGUGCAUCAUCGAAUCUGCGUACCACCACAUCGCACUUCGUGCUCUUGCAUAUGUGUUUGGAGUUUGCCUUGACAUCGUCUGAGAAUAGAUUGAGGCCAGCAGCACGUUCUACAACAUCAA